AUGUCUGUGUUAAUGUUCUUUGUUCAUCAGUUUUGCAAUCAGAUGAUGGAAUUAGCCUUAGCAGGGUUAUAUGAGGAUGAAGCUAAAAGGCACUCAUCGUGUCCUGACAAACCAACAGCCACAAGAAUUAAUAACUCAAGAGUACCCCAGAGUCUUAAAAUUGAUUCUUUUAGAAGUUUGAGAAAACCAGAAAGAAGUAUGAGCGAUGACAAAGAAAACCAAAGAUUUUAUUCAGGUGACUCAGAAUAUAGAGGAUUGCAGAUUUCUGGGGCUUCUAAUAAUCCAAGUAAAAUUGUUGCUGAACUCUUCAAGGAAGCAAAAGAACAUGGGGCUGUCCCAUUAGAUGAAGCCUCAAGAGCAUCUGGUGAUUACAAUAAAGCUAAGUCAUUUUCUGGUGGUGGAUAUAGAUUGGGUGACUCGUCACGGAAACGCUCUGAAUACAUAUAUGGAGAAAAUCAAGAUGUUCAAAUUUUGCUGAAACUUUGGAGGAAUGGCUUCAGUCUGGAUGAUGGAGAGCUGAGAUCUUAUUCAGACCCAACAAAUGCCCAGUUUCUUGAAUCUGUUAAAAGAGGAGAAAUUCCUGUGGAACUUCAGCGGUUGGUUCACGGUGCCCAGGUUAAUUUGGAUAUGGAAGAUCAUCAAGAACAAGAAUAUGUGAAGCCUAGACUGCGAUUCAAAGCUUUCAGUGGAGAAGGACAAAAACUUGGAAGCCUUACACCUGAAAUAGUCAGCACACCUUCUUCACCAGAAGAGGAGGAGAAAUCCAUUCUUAACGCACCUGUUCUGAUAGAUGAUUCCAAGCCAGCAACUAAAGUUCAAAUUAGAUUAGCAGAUGGAAGCCGAUUAAUACAGAGAUUUAACCACACACACAGGAUUAAGGAUAUUCGAGAUUUCAUUAUCCAGUCCUGCCCAGCAUUUGCCACAGUGGAUUUUGUUCUUGUGACCACCUUUCCCAAUAAAGAGCUAACAGAUGAAACCUUGACUCUACAAGAAGCAGAUAUACUUAACACUGUGAUUCUUCAGCAAUUAAAGUAAUCUUACAGCUAUUGGUACAAUAGGGAGUGUGCUGUGUUGUCAUACAAGAGUGUUUACAAAAACUGAAAAAUGGAAAGAUCAGUGUCCCUCUUCCCCCUCCCCACUGCCAUAGAUCAGAUUUUGGUGUGUAAUGUCUUCCAGCUAUAGCAUAUGUAAUU